CGUCAGAGAAAUCAAUAACAGACCUGUAACAAAAUGGCGGACGGAAUAGCUCAUUCAUGAUGGUGUUGUUGUAGGCGCAAGCCGUAGAUAAUUUAGAGGCUAUAACCCCAUCAGCAGUGGAAUUGGAUAGAUAAGCCUUAUGGCUUCAUGAGCCAGAGUUUUCUAUGGCGUUUUCAGAAAAUCUCUGCAAAAGUAUGCGAUGAUUUCCGUAAUGUUUUGGAAUCUGUGUAAAAGUUCUUGGAGGAAAGAACUCUAUUUGUUUGUGUUUGGAGUUCUUGUGAUUGUCUCCGCUUCUCAAGAUGGGCAACCUUCAAGUUCAAAAUCGAAUGUUCGACUCGAGAACUGUGGAAAACUUUACGAAGGACAUUCAUUGAAUGCGGGUAAAGAUGCUGGGAAAUUCAAAAGAAUUGGAGAUUCAAGGAAUCCCAUGGAAUGUGUCGAACUAUGCUGUGCAUUGGGAGAAAGUGGCGAUUGCAAAACAGCACUUUAUGUAGGAGAGCUGAAAGCUUGCUACAAGGUCGAAUGCAAAAGCGAAGAAGCUUGCAAACCGAUAGAAAAACACUCCAAAUAUGAUAUGAGUAUAUUCAAGAGGAGUACAAAAGGUUUGAAAAAUGCAGAUGAAAGCCAAUCAAGUGUUAAUCGUCUCAAUGAUGACUCAAAUAAAACUCUUAUAAGAGAAAAGAGGCAUGAGUCUUGUCACCAUUACCAUGGGCGACAAUGCACAAGCUUCCUAGACACUAAAAGACUUCUGUAUUUUGAUCACUACCCUCCUAAAUCAAUAGAACUGGGUCUGAAAGGCCCCUUUAAAUCACUUCGUACCAAAUUAUCUCCAAAGUGUAGAGCUUCUGUAUUAAGUGCUAUAUGUCACAAUGCGUUCCCAUACUGUACGGACCGCUCACACCCAAGCCCUGCGCGGUUAUGUCGGUCGGACUGUGAGAAGUUAUAUAAAGGAGUGUGUAGCUCGGAGCUACUUGGACUAAUGGCACAGGAAGUGAAAAUACUGCCCAACUGUACAUUGUUACCCCCGCAAGGAUCACCAGAGGCUGCCGAUUGCACAGGCCUUAAUAUACCAGAUCCUACGGCAGCUAAAUCUCGGCCAGUGAUUGCCCCUAAGCCAUCAAAUAACAAACCAAAUCCUGAACAAGCAAAUGUUUCUUCUGAUGAUGAAGAAGAACUUGGUUCUUUCAAAAAUCAAAUAAAUAAACCUGAAGCUCAAAUUGAGCCUCAUGAGAAAAGUGUUAGUGAUAUAACUGAUGACAACAAUGAGGAAAGCUCUAGAUCUAGAUCAAAUGGUGAUACAGAUUCUACUAUCCCUAAACCAAGUGCUGUGUCUCAUCAUGUCAGCUCAAAUUUGCCAUCUCCCAAAGUACAAGAACCUACUAAACGACCCAGUAAACAAGUUACGGAACUCAAGGCAGGUGCCACACAACCAACAGCUGCAACUAAAAAAGCAGGAUUAGAUUUAGAAAAAUCCAUGGAUGGGCUAGAUCCUGUGUCUCCAACAGAAGGAGCAACUGCUGGCAUAACGGCAAAGGAUGAUGAUGACAGUGAUGAUGAAAGUGAUACUAAAAAUGAUGACGAUGAUGUUGUGCGUGACGUUGUGCCUACUGUCAGGGUUAAGCAUACAGCUCCUCCAACAGCUGUUCAAACUACAAUACCCAUAGGUAAUAAUGCCUCUGUCAUAAACAAGCCGACAAUUGUCAAUAUUACUGGAGAUUCAAAGGAGACCAACCUGGCCGAGACUGAAAGCCCUUCGCCUACCAAGCAACCUACCACCGCUCCAGUAACCCAUGGUGUUACAGCUAAUAUGACUGCUCCAUCCAGAACACACGCCCCUCCCACCACAGCUAAUGGGUCUGCUCCAGCAACAACACCUGCUGCUCCUACCACAGAUGUCUCUGAAAGACCAACAACUCGUACAACACCAGCUCCACCAUCACUCCUAGUGUCCGCUGGGGACAACAAGGUGUUGACCUUACCAGUGAACUCAAUUGAGCUGUAUGCCAGUGCAUUCCCUAAAGAGACUAUAGAUAACCAUUACACAUACCACUGGCAGCAGAUUUCAGCCCCACAGGGUAGCCAUGGAUACAUGGAGGGCAAGGAUACUCGGAGGGUGAUACUUUCUAAGCUUAGUCACAUUGGCACAUACCAGUUCAAGGUGACAGUCACUGGUGCAAACCAUGCUUUUGGAGUUGCACAUGUAAAUGUUACAGUUAAACCAGCACCACGUGUAAACAAGCCGCCACGUGCCGACAUCUCACCAAAAGAACAAACAAUCACCUUGCCUACAAAUGAAGUGGUGCUGGAUGGAUCAAAGAGCACAGAUGAUGAUAAGAUCGUCGAGUACAAAUGGGAAGAAAUGAAGGGCCCCUUGAAUGAUAAGAACAAGAUGAUCAGUCAAGGAGCUGACUCUCCUGUGCUUCAGCUCAAAUCCCUUGUGCCUGGCAUCUACACCUUCAAGCUGACUGUUUCUGAUUCUGAUGGCGAAACGGACUCCACUACUGCUGUUGUUACUGUCAAUGAUGAGAAAGACUACCCCCCAGUGGCAAGAGCUGGAAAUGAUGUGGUGCUGACAUUACCAGUGAACCAUGUGGUCUUGUAUGGGAACAGCAGCACUGAUGACAAGGGCAUUGCUAGCUAUGAGUGGAGCAAGACACCCAGUAGUCCCGCCGUCGGUGACAUGCAGGGGACCAAUAGCCCCCAGCUUAAGGUGUCAAACAUGGUGUUAGGCGACUAUACCUUCGUGCUGAAGGUGACUGACACUGGCGGACAGUCUGCGACCUCCCGAGUCACUGUGGUGGUUCAGCCGGAGAAGAAUACCCCGCCCGUCGCUAAGGCAGGAUCUGACAAGGAUUUGGUCUACCCUGAUGACACGACAACGUUGGAUGCAAAGGGUAGCUACGACGAUCAAAAGAUCGUCAAGUACCAUUGGGAUCAAGUCAGUGGCCCGAGCUCGGCCGAGAUGUCAGGCGCCGAUAACCAGGUUGUGGAGGUGAAGAAGCUGACUGAGGGGCAUUACGUGUUCAAGCUGACUGUCACUGACGAUAAGGGGCUCACUGGCUCAGGAACGGUAGCAGUCAACGUCAAGAAGGAUGUUAACCAGGCUCCUGUCGCCCGCGCCGGCCCAGACGUAGUGGUUCACCUUCCUAACCGUGCGGCCGAGUUGGAUGGCUCAAAGUCAUCAGACGACCAUGGUAUAGCUCAGUAUUUAUGGACGCGAGACGCCAAGAGCCCAGCCGCGGGGGACGUGAUAAACAGCAGUAAUCACCAAGCCAUCCUGCGACUGUCCAACCUUGUAGAGGGAAUGUACAAGUUCAAGCUGACGGUCCUUGACGCCAAGGGUCUCAAGUCAAGCGAUGAAGCCCUUUUAACUGUCAAGGAAGAUGAGCACAGUGCCCAUUUGGUGGAGCUCUUCCUAGAUGUCGACAUAACAAAAUUCACAGAGGAAAAUAAGGGUCAGUUGAUUCGCAAGCUAGCGGUGAUCCUAGACGUGCAGGACGAAGAGAUCGUGGUGGAGCACCUGAAGGAGGCUGGGACCGGGCACAGCAUGAUGGUCAUGUUUUACGUCAAGGCUGUGGGCGGAGCCAAGGAUGGCCAGGCGGUCGCUGAGACGCUCAAAGAGAAGAUUGAGAAUGAAGAAGGCUUCUUUGAAUUCAGGAUGCUCAAAGUUGAACCAUACAUUUGUCGUAACAACUGCUCAUUCCACGGUUACUGUGACCGCUCCACCAAGCUCUGUGUAUGCGAAAGUUUUUGGAUGCAGGAUAUCUUCAAAUCGAGCUUCGGAGCAAAAGAGAGCAACUGUGAUUGGAGCAUUCUGUACGUGACGGUCAUCAUAUUUGGCAUCGUCAUGGCGAUUGGCGGCAUCAUCUGGGGUAUCUGCUUCUGUAUGGGGAGAUCUCGUCGUCUUCGUGCUCGUAAGGUUGUCGCUGUGGAAGCACCGACCAUCCCGUCAACUUCCGCCUCUGAAUCACCUGGGUAUGAUCAUUCGUUCUUUGCACGUGACUUCCGGGACCGAUCAUUCGUUUUUGGCGAAUUACACCGAAAAUAUUUUUUUCUUUGAGACCCAUUGGAAGUCGCUCAUCCUGGACAAGAAAAAUUUGAACUAUGAAUUUGUGUCAUAUAGUGUAAUUACUGACUGAAAAUUGGAGGUUUUAGUUUUUUGUGUUAGCUAAGGGGGGUUCUGGAGUCUCCACCAGAGUACGCCUCUGUAAUUUCAACAAGGCUUUGAGUAAAAACCGCUUUCAUUUACUUUAUUAUCAUUUAACAUUUGGUUUGAAAAAAUUAAAGUGCUGAAUAACAUUAUAAUAUUUCGUUUAAUAUCAAAAUAAUAUAUCAAAUUUGAGAAGUCCUAAAUAAGCUAAGUUUCUGAGUUUUUUUUUUCUUGAAGGUAAAAUCGAACAUGUCUCAUCGUCGUAAACUUGAAUAUUGCUAUUAAGUGCAUGGCAUUUUUUUUGUAUUUCACCAUAUUUUACAUACCCAUGACAUACUAACCUUUCUUUUUUUCUGUUUUACUAACAACUAAUCUUUAUCAAUAAUAAUAUUCCAUCUAAAUUCUCACAUCUUAAACCUCUCCUCCUAACUUGGCACAUCUUAUGUUGGGUUGCAUGUCAUUAUUUUAUCUUACAGUUUGUUUUGUAACUUUUGUUUUAUGCACGUUCCAUUUCUGUAUUCAUUUAUGUACUUCAAAUUACACGCUGUAUAUUUUUUUCUCUCAGGAGCUUCCUUACCUGUACAGCAAGCGUUUCUGCGGGGAUUCGGCGGUAAUAGAGAGCAAGGCGCGGCAAUACUCUUCGCCCACUCUGUUUCUGCAGAAAUCCCACAGAAACGCUAAGAACGCUUUCUUUUUUGGUACUUGACUGCCUAGCAAUCAAAUACUCGUUGUUUGGGCAGUUUUGCGUCGCAAAUAAACAAGAGUAGUUUGGUGCUUUGUUGUUGCUGUGACGCGUGACGCUCAUUUUAUUUUUUUACCUUCAACUUUCGUCAAUGUGUGAUUCCAAAAACGAUCCAUCCCAUCCCUUAAAUUCCUUUCCCUUUCACCUGGAAACAGCCAAAAUAUGAUAUUUGAAUGGAGAACUGAAAGUACCGCCUCCACCACCAAAUCCCUCCGUAUAUGAAUCCUUUCUGGAAUCGUACAACAUUUGUUGUUCGGAGCACUCGCCUUAGCGCAAGCAGGUGGUCUCGCAGGCACGUGUUACUAAAGUGUAACGCAUUGCUGAUUCUCGUGAGUUGUUGUGUCGUCUUAUUGUGUCCCACUCAUAUGAGACGGGAUUGGUGCUAACGAGUCACGUAUCUUGCCAGGCGCCGUCUACGCACGCGUCGUAAGCAUAGAUACGCGAUCAUUGACGAGGAUGAACACGACAGGACGGAGAGCAUGGAGAUGUUACCCAAAGGUAAG